ACUGACACCCCCACUGAAUCAACAACUCACACUUCCAUGGAAUCAACCACUGACACUUCCAUGGAAUCAACCACUGACACUUCCAUGGAAUCAACCACUGACACCCCAAAUGAAUCAACCACUGAUACUCCCACUGGAUCAACCACUGACACCCCCACUGAAUCAACCACUGACACCACCACUGACACCCCCACUGAAUCAACCACUGACACCUCCACCGACACAAGCCCCUCUGAGUCCUCCACCCCCUCCACUGAAACAAGCCCCACUGUAUCACCCACCUCAUCCACUGACACAAGCUCAAGUGUUGCCUCCACUGAAAGAAGCACUGAAACACCCACCAACACCCCCACUGAAACAAGCAAAGAGACAACCACCUCGACGACCUCUACAACCUCGACCUCCCCUGAAACCACCACAACGCCUUCCUGGAUCAUUGGCUGUAGCGAUGAAUAUCUGGAACUUGCCGACCAAGGUCCCGUCAACCCGGCAGCAUCUGGUUGUGACAUUGCUAAUUUUGAGCGAUGUUUGAGAACAACUGAUGGAGAUCCUCAAUGCCAGUGUAUGUCGGGAUAUGAAAAGUCGUCCAUGGCUGAGGCUUCGGUUUGCAGAGAAAUUGAGAAGCACAACUCUUCCUUGGUCGUGGAGAAUAAACCUUGGGAAAACGAUUACUGCGAUAAUACAUCAGAUAUCUACAAAGCUCUCUUGGAAAGCGUUCAACAACUGUUUGAGAUCGCUGCUACUGAGAGCGGGGUGACAUCGUACCAGCGCUUCGAGGACAUGGAAGUGUUCCCAACUGAUGAACCAGAAAAGUGUGGGACCUCAUCGAGGGACAAUAACAUGAAAGCUGACAACCCUCUCAGCCUCAUGCCUAAGAAUAGAGCUAAAAGGCAAGCUUCUGAUGAUGAUGAGUUGACGGUGACGGGAAAGGUAGUGAUGCGUCGUACGGAGGACUACAACACUGACACGAACGAGGAGAUGAAGGACGCCGUGGUGGAGGCAGCCAAGAACCCAAACGUCACGGAUGCGCUCGGCCUCGAAGUGAAGCCGGACAGUGUAGCAGUAGAAGAGGUGGAGCGGAAAUUGUGUGGUGUGGACCUGACAUGCACUACCAACAGAGCAGUAUGUAAUUACACACUAGACGCUGAGUUAGGUGUAGAAAAACCUCAGUGCCAAUGUCUAUCCCAGUAUGACGACGUGUCCCCCGAUAACAAGACGUUCCCCGGUGAGGUCUGUGCCGAUCGAUGUACGCAAGAUUUUUGCUCCUAUGCUGGCACCUGUCUUCGUAAGCAGGUAGACUACAGCCUCUACUGCAGCUGCAAUGAUUGGCACGUCGGCGACACCUGCUCCGUCAACAUGAGUGGAGUGUUGUUGGGAGGAGGAAUAACCGUUGGUGUCCUGGCCAUCGUUUUCUUCGCCAUAUUCAUCAGCUUCACGAAUAAACGACGGGAAAGCAGGAGGGAGAGCGUGAACGUGGAGCGGGACACCUCCACGCCACACAAUACGCCCAGGCCCCCGGCCAUAUUCGCACUGCCACGUGACCCGGAGGUAAGCAUGGAGCAGGACGCGCCCGUGCACUACCCCAUACCCCCUACGCCCCCGCCCCGCCCCGCCAGACGACCGCCGCCCCCACAACCCAGAGGUCCGGCGAGAUCCAUCGGCCAUGGAUCAACGCGCUCGGACCCUCCCAACGCGUUGAGGGACCCCAGCAGCGACGUGUGGUUCGUGAGCCGAAACAUCCCUCGCCCCCGCCUCUCCCUCUAGCCCGCCCGUGAUUGAUGGAUGGCCAGAUUACUUUACUCUUUUGUAGGUCAUAUUAGUUAGGUUUAUGUUGUUUUUUAUCCCUCUGCCGUCGCCUCUCUUUCUGACCUUCGAGUGAUUGAUGGUAAGGCUACUUCUUCCUUUAUUUUAGAUCAUGUUAGGUUUGAUGUUUGUUUUAUGUUUUGUUUUUAUUCCUCGCCCCCUAGCUCCCGCCUCUUCCCUCUGACAACGUGACUGAUGGCAAGGCACGCAAAGCCUUCCAAUCUUCACAAUAUACCAAAAGCAGAGCGUAAGACAUGUUGGGUGAUCAGAGCUCAAUAUGUAUGGCAUGGUUAGGUCAAAUUGAUGGCAAGGCUACUUUCGUCCAUUUUUGUGUAGAUCGUAUUGAUUAGGAUUGCUGAUAUUGUUUAUAUUGUUGUUAUUGUUGUUCUUACGCCCCAAGACGCAAGGCUGGAUUCUAGCGUCGUCAAGGGUGACUCACAUUAUCAGGGACCUGAGAAACCCUUAGCCUAUCUCCCCACAUGUCGUUAUUGUUCCUGUUGUCGUUGCUAUUAUGCUUCUUAGCAGAUAAGUGGUCCUGGUCUCGAGUUUACACUUUUUUUUUCAUUUCUUGGGGACGGUGCACGAUUGAAUCAGCUCGAGUCUUCCGCCAUUUAAGAUGUUAUGAGGUUAUUUUAUGUGAAUUUUGUAUAUUAAUUUACUGUGUAAAUAAAACAUUAUCUAUUAACUCUUAUUUGUAAAGGAUUUUUUUUUUUCAGAUUGUCACGAGAAUGUGUUGAACACGAUUUAUCGAACAAAUUAGGCUAGUAGCUCUUAGGUAACUACGAUGUAUGUGGAGUGAAAAUGUGCAUAUUAUAAUUAUAGUUUUUUAGAUGAACAUGAAGUAGUUAUUAGUCUAAACUUUGUGUAUAUUAAGGAAAAGUCGCUUUAAGGUUAUUCAUGCAUCUCAUUCAUUACAUCGACCAUUGUGUGUGGGUCUCGUUGAUUCAUCAUGUACAGAGACUUCUCAUUAAUCGUGGUGGCAGGCGUGAUGGAGGAUACUUAUUUCAGAGGCAGAGCAGACCCAUGAUAAAGAUAAUUAGAAGCUACUGUACACCUCUGUUCUUAGUCUGGCUUAAACAGAUGAUUUGUCUCGUAUUAGGGGAAAGGCAAUUUAAAGAUCCAGGACUGAGAGAGAGAGAGAGAGAGAGAGAGAGAGAGAGAGAGAGAGAGAGAGAGAGAGAGAGAGAGAAGUUAGAGGAAAGUGAUUUUAAUUGAAAUAUUGCAUGCACUAGUGAAGGGUUGCUCUCUCUCUCUCUCUCUCUCUCUCUCUCUCUCUCUCUCUCUCUCUCUCUCCUUAUCAGUGCUCAGACUUAUCAGGGUGUUCCUAAUACUCCCCCUCCUCAGACUUCUCACUCCCUCCCUCCUCCUCUCUUCCCAGGGUUGCAGGUGAUACGUGUUUGAUACUUGUUUUGUGGCUUGUUUUAAACGGUAUUUAAUUUUCUCUGUAAUUUUUGGACGUCCAACUAUUUUUCUAUUCAGCGGGUUUUUUUUUUUUUCGUUUUUUUCAUCAGAUUUAUAUUUUAAUGCGUUGUUCUGUAUUAUGAAAGUAUGUAGGUUUUUUUUUGGGGGGGGGUUUAUCUAAUUAUUCGUUUGUCUAGGAAUAUUAUAUCUGUUAUGUUACGUUAUGUUACCGGAAGAGGAACUUAGGUGUUUCCGAACGUAGCAAAAUUGGGUGAUAUCGCUUGUUUAUCUAUAUCAUUUUAUUUAUUCUGCAAUCGAGACUCCAAAAUCACCAAAUUAUAUUACCGUUAAGUGGGUGACUAGUAUCGAGAGAGAGAGAGAGAGAGAGAGAGAGAGAGAGAGAAUCAACCCCUGACACGCUGCUUCCAAGUAGGCUACCGUUGUUAGUGUUGACAGUAUUUAUUACAACGCACAGCCACUCUUCAUAACAGUGAUAAGGAAGUAGGGCAGGUGUGUGUUUGUGUAAGUGUGUGUGUGUGUGUGUGUGUUGCCCAGUCUCCAGCGCUCUCCUCCACCUUCUCCCCGCAUAGCCUAGUUGACUCGUUCGCCAGUUCAUGAUUUCUUUCGCUAUUCAUGUUCGUAUGAUAAUUCUUGAACUACACUCACUACUCACACAGUAACCACACUACAUUAAUAUAGGUAUACAUAUGUUCUAAGAUGUUCCAGGCACUUCCUGUUCUAAUUCAUCUGCUAAAUGUUCCUUCUGAUGUUCCUUUCUAUGUUCCUUUUAAAACCAACAACUAACUAAUAAUAAUAGUAACUAAUAACUACUUCUAAUAACUAACUAAUAAUAAUGUUCCUUUUAAAUCAAUAACUAACUAAAACUAUGAAACUAUAUAAUAUUAUUGAGUGGCAGAGUGUUGACCACACCUCGUUUUCUUUCCUUUCCGUUUUCCUUUCCUGUCCGUCUUUCCUUCCAUGUAUAAUGUUACGUAUGGUCUCACUAUUUCACUGUUAACUAUUGUCUCUAUCAAGCUUUCAUCUGUCUUCAUAUCAUCAAGACUCAUAACAUUGAAAUUUAAAGGCUGAGACGAGUGAUGUGUUUAUAGUUUGAUGUUUUAUAGGAUGGACAAGUAUCUACUGUGCUAUCUACGAGUCACACACAAGGAUGUUAAACUCAUCCCUACCUAGAUAACGAGUUUCGGGAGAUAAUACGAGUGAAUGUCUGAUAGGGGAACUCACCGCCCUUGCUGCCCGCGUCAACGUCCUCCUUUCCCACCAGCGACCUCGUUAAUACUGCCAGUCAUUCUACCCACUACCCACGUCAAUGUAUUUACCGUGUUUUUUUACACUUGGCCGUGGCAAAUAGACAUCAUUAAUUAACCAUUUCAACGAUAACUAUAAACGAAUCUAGUUAUUGAAGUAGAGGAGACAGUUUUAGGGUGGGAAAUCGGUAAAUAAAUAAGGCGGAAUUCAGCAAUCUGGCACCGUGACAUCGCACCGUCACUGGGGCAGCCGCCUGCCAGAUGCUCCUUUGAUUUUCUGCGUAACUCCGGCUUGUGCACCACUAACGAUUUAUAUGUAAUUUCUCAAACUUUAUGUCGAAUUAGGUAUUAAUCCCUUUUCUUAUUUUUCUGUAUGAUUUGUGUAUGAUCUCCAGAUGGGUUGUCUGCCGUCUGUUAUCUUGUUAGUUCUAGGAUAUGGAUAGAUUUAUUUUUUGCUGCCAACCUUCGCUUAAGCCUUAGAUGAACAGAGUAGGACAUCUUGUAAGUUAUUUUUUUAUUUAUUGAGAAAGAUCAUUCGUCUACCUGUAUUUUGGCAUUGAAUAAACGACUACUUGUU